AUGCUGGACCUGUGUUUACUUUCUAGGAGAGCUGCUCUGCAAAAUUCUUCAAAAUGCAGAUGGUAUGUCUGCAACACCGAGCAGUUGUCUGAAUCCCUUCAACCUGUCUUUGUCCAGAGUUACCUCGACCACGGAACACAGAUCUUCUUAAACAACAGCAUUGAGAAAUCAGGCUGGCUCUUCAUCCAGCUCUAUCACUCUUUUGUGUCCUCAAUUUUUAGCCUUUUUAUGUCUAGGACAUCUAUCAAUGGGCUGCUGGGAAGGGGCUCAAUGUUUGUGUUUUCCCCAGAACAAUUUCAAAGACUGCUUAAAAUAAAUCCAGAGUGGAAAUCCCACAGACUUCUCGAUUUAGGAGCUGGGGAUGGAGAGGUCACUAAAGUCAUGAGUCCUCACUUUGAAGAAAUCUAUGCCACUGAAUUGUCUGAAACAAUGAUAUGGCAGCUUCAGAAAAAGAAAUACAGAGUACUUGGUAUAAAUGAAUGGCAGAACACGGGAUUUCAGUAUGAUGUUAUCAGCUGUUUGAAUUUGCUUGAUCGCUGUGAUCAACCACUGACUGUAUUAAAGGAUAUUAGAAGUGUAUUGGAGCCAACUAGAGGCAGAGUCAUUCUAGCAUUAGUUCUGCCAUUCCAUCCAUAUGUGGAAAAUGGUGGCAAGUGGGAAAAGCCCUCAGAAGUUUUGGAAAUCAAAGGGCAGACUUGGGAAGAACAGGUGAAUAGCCUGCCAGAAGUUUUCAGUAAAGCUGGUUUUGCCAUAGAGGCUUUCACCAGACUGCCAUACCUAUGUGAAGGUGAUAUGUAUAAUGACUACUAUGUACUAGAUGAUGCUGUCUUCGUCCUCAAGCCAGUGUAAGCAUAUAUGAAGUAAAUCACCAGAAUCAAACCCAAGAAGUAGCCUCUGAAAGAGGUGCUUGAUUUAUGGUUACAGUUACUUAAAGGGAGGGAAUUUGGGGAUUGCAAUGCUAAAUAAAUAUCAUGUAAGAAAUUUAAAGGCCAAAAUACUAAUGUAUUUCUUUGUAGUAUGAUUAGA